AUGCCUGCUAAGAUGGCACUGCCCAGUUCCCUUUCUGGCAAACCGGUACCUCCGCGCUCCAGAACACUUCCCACGGCGGGGCUGGAAGCGCACCAGAGCAAGCUGGAUUUUUUCUGCAAGCUGGGCUAUGGUAAGCAGGACAUCUGCAAAGUGCUGGAGAGCCUGGGCCGAGAGGCCCUGGAGGAUGAUGUGCUGAAAGAGCUGAUUCGGAUGGGGAGCAAACCUCAAGCUCUGGAGAGCCAGGCUCAGCCUUCCCCACUUGUACUCGUUGCCCGUGGAUCGUGUAGCACCACGCCAGGGUCGAAGUGGCUUGGAGAAGACGAAAGCGAUUCUUCCGAUUACCUGAGACCCAUUGUGAUCGACGGCAGCAACGUUGCAAUGAGUCACGGAAACAAAGAGGUAUUCUCCUGCUGGGGGAUCCAGCUGGCGGUGGAUUGGUUUCGAGAGAGGGGGCACACGUACAUCAAGGUUUUUGUCCCGCUCUGGCGAAAGGAGCCCCCUCGACAAGACAGUCCCAUUGCAGACCAGCACAUUCUUGAAGAGCUUGAAAAGCAAUCGAUCCUUGUGUACACCCCAUCCCGGAAGGUGAAAGGCAAGAGAGUAGUUUGCUACGACGAUCGCUAUAUAGUGAAAGUUGCUUAUGAGAAAGACGGAGUCAUUGUUUCCAAUGACCACUACCGGGAUCUCCAGAACGAAAACCCUGAGUGGAAAUGGUUUAUUGAGCAGCGACUACUCAUGUACUCUUUUGUCAGUAACAGGUUUAUGCCUCCUGAUGAUCCGUUAGGCCGGCAUGGACCCACUCUUAGUAACUUCCUCAGCAAAAAGCCAGUGCUUCCUGAACCGAAAUGGCAGCCUUGCCCCUACGGUAAAAAAUGCACCUAUGGCAAUAAAUGCAAAUUCUACCACCCAGAGAGACCACAUCAAGCUCAGCUCUCGGUUGCUGAUGAGCUCAGGGCCAAAAUAAAUGUCCCGUUAAGCCUGGGGAAAGAGGAGGAGAAGUGUAACUGCUCACCCCAGAAAGCCCAUGCUUACCCCGAUGCCUCUUACGGUGACCACUGGCCACCCCCAGCUGCAGGGCCACCCUCUGCCCAGCGGGCAAGCGUACGCAGGGAGCUGUGCUCCCUUUUCCCGUACGGCGAGGUGAACCGCGUCAUGGCUUUGUACCCCCAUAUCAAGGAUAUCGCCAGCUUGACUUUACUGAUACAAAGACACAGAAACUUGUGA